AUGCAAUCAAAGAUUAUUAUUUCAAACAUUCACAAUAUUGAUUUCGAACAAUUUUCAAAUUCAAUUUAUGAUUAUUUAUUUAAACAAAACCUACCAGAUGCAUCAUCUUCUUUAGAGCAUUUUACAAAUUUACCUUUCUUUAAUAGAAUCAUAAUUAUUUUUGAUGAUAAUCAUUAUACUCAAUCGAUACAUUCUUUAAUAAUUGCUUAUUUAAGAAGUUCGCCUAUUUUACAAAAUCUAAACGUCUCAAUUUCAAAUAAUCUUCACAAUCAAGAUAGGGUACCUAUAUUAUCAAAAAUUGAUACUUCUCCAAAAUUAGUUUUCCAUAAUGAUAUAGAAUCUCCUACUUUAUUACAAUUUCAAGGUCCAGAUGGAUUUUCAUUUCAUAAUUAUAUGGAACCAAAAGUUAUUAAGACUCAUUUCACCAAAGACAAUAAUGAAAUAUUAUUGGAAAAAAAUACUACAUUAUGUCCAAAGAUAACACUAUCAAACUUUUGA